UUUCUCUUCUGAAAUAAAUAUGAUCACGCAGAGGUAGAGAUAGAUUGAGAGAAACAGUAGAUCUUUCUGCCAAAAAGACCAAUAGAAAACAGAGAGAAAAUAGAAAAACAAAAGGAAAAAUACAAUGAGAGGGAAACAGAGAGAAGGGUCUGGAUCAGAGUCUGAAUUCCCACUAAUUUCUUCUCCUUGCAUUUUAUUGUAUUUGAUCAACUUAGAUUCUUAGGUCCUUUACCUUUUGUCUACGAGUUCAUUAAAAAAAAAAAAAAAAAAAACUAUUUUGCUUUUCAUCUUCUUCAUUUGUCUCUUUCAUAACAUAAACAAAAGGAUCGUGGAUAGAAAGAAAAAAAAAAAAAGAAAAAGAAAGAACUUUGGUGGUUUGUUUGAUCAUUUUUGGUCACAAAAGAUGGGUACGAGAUGGAGAAGAGCCUUUUGCACUACGCUUUCAAAAGACCCAGAAUUCAAAGUAUCAGAAAAGCAGCAACAACAGACAAGUCGAAGUCCGAGUCCGAGUCCCAGAAGUUGUACCAGAUUGAGCUUCUUCUCUGGUGGAAGCAACCCUUCCACAUCUCGCUUGCUAUUUCAAUCUCAACCUGUCUCUAGCCCGAGUUUACGCUGUCGAACACCUUCAGAGACUGUGAGUGAAAGCCCCAGGCUUGAAUGUAAAACCACCACUCCCAAGAAAUCUAAGAGUCCCAAAACAUUAUUGGGUUCCAACCCAACUUCUCCUAGAUCUCCUCUCAAGUUGUCACUUUUCAAGAACAGCUUCAAAUUUAGGAGUAGCUGUGGAAUAUGCUUGAACAGCGUGAAGACUGGACAUGGCACGGCCAUUUACACAGCAGAGUGUGCUCACGCUUUCCAUUUUCCCUGCAUAGUUUCGUACGUCAACAAGCAUAAUAGCCUUAUAUGUCCAGUCUGCAACUGUUCAUGGAAAGACGUUCCUUUUCUCGCCGUCCACAAGAACAUCACCCCUGAAUCCGUACAACAAGAUCAACAAAGCCUCGUUACCAAGCCAACAACCGAAGACGUCGUCAAAAAGGCCGAACCAGUCCUCCGCCAACAUACGAAACCUUCGGAUUCGAGGUUGUACGAUGACGACGAGCGUUUGAUUUCUCCCAACUCAGGUACCAGCCAGAUUAGUCCAAUACCCGAAGUGAAUGAGGAUGCAAAAGAGGUCGACCACGAAGACGUCGAAGAGUUUCAAGGAUUCUUCGUUAAUCCUAACCCUUCAUCGUCUUCUUCGAUGAGAUACUCCGAAGAAGCGCAAAUGAUCAAUAAAGAUGUGAGAACCAACCAUGUACAAGUGAGACUUUUGCCCGAAGCAGCUGUUAUAUCGGCGAGCCGAACUCAUGAAACUUAUGCGGUCACGUUGAGAGUGAAAGCCCCACCUCCUCCUUCUUCAACGCGCAGUGUAAAACCAUCAAACCGUGGGCCGAUAGAUUUGGUCACCGUUCUCGAUGUCAGUGGUAGUAUGAUUGGUCCCAAGUUGCAUAUGCUCAAGCGUGCUAUGCGUUUGGUUAUUUCCUCUCUCGGCUCCGGUGACCGGCUCUCAAUCGUCGCUUUCUCUGCUUCCGCUAAGAGAUUGAUGCCGUUGAGAAAAAUGACUGCUCAAGGCCAGCGCAAUGCUCGGCGCAUUGUUGAUCAGCUCGUUUGCGGUCAAGGAACGAGUGUUGGUGAGGCUUUGAGGAAAGCAACAAAAGUGCUCGAAGAUCGUAGAGAAAGGAAUCCAGUGGCUAGCAUUAUGCUAUUAUCCGACGGUCAGGAUGAGAGAUCAGUCCGAACAAACAAGAAUAAUCAAAGACAUACAAUGAAUCACACUACCUCUUCUACCCGAUUCGCCCACAUUGAAAUCCCCGUUCACUCAUUCGGAUUCGGCGAAUACGAAUCGGCCGAGAACGAGUUUGCGAAAUGCGUCGGAGGGUUAUUGAGCGUUGUUGUACAGGAUUUGAGAAUUCAACUCGGCUUCCAUUCGGCCUCCAAAUCGGCCGAGAUCUCCGCCAUCUAUUCGUACAGCGGAAAGCCGACAGUGCUCAGCUCGAGGUCGGUGCGACUCUGCGACUUGUACGCCGAGGAAGAGAAAGAGUUGCUGGUGGAAUUGAGGGUCCCAAUUACGGCAGUUGGUACCCACAUAGUGAUGUCCGCCAGGUGUUUGUAUAAAGACCCUUCGACUCAGGAGGUUGUGUAUGAGAAAGAGCAGUCUCUUGUUUUACCUGCUGCUCCAGAUUUUGGUCGAUUGUCUAAUACUCCCAAGAUUGAGAGGCUUAGAAACCAGUUCAUUGCGAUCCGAGCGAUCGCUGAGUCUCGGAGAUUGGUGGAGCACAAUGAUUAUACAAGCGGGCAUCAUUUGUUGGCUUCGGCUCGAGCCCUGCUUAUGCAAUCGAACCCUGUAUUUGCUGAUGAGUAUGUGAGAGCUUUGGAAGUUGAGCUCGCCGAGCUUCAUUGGCGGAGACAACAUCAGAUUGAGCAACAACAGCAACAAAUGGUGAUGAUACAGAGAAGAAGAGGUGGCGAGAGGGAGAUUGCUGUGGUUGAUGAGAAUGGUGAUCCGCUUACUCCCACAUCGGCUUGGAGAGCUGCUGAGAAGCUUGCUAAAGUUGCUAUGAUGAAGAAGUCGUUGAGUAGAGUUGAUGAUUUACAUGGGUUUGAAAAUGCCAGAUUUUAAUAUAAUUUUAAUUUUUCUUCUUUGAGUAAAAUAGUUUUUCUUUUUUUCUUCUUUUCAUGGGGUUUUUACGGGUCGGAGAUGUAC